UUGUUUGGUGGGUGGGAGGGUGGAGGAGUGCGAGGAGCGGAGCAGUUUGCGAGCGCUGUGCUAGUUGGGGGUUAGAUCGGAGGUAGCUGUGGGUGCAAUCAGGGCAAGGCGCAUGCCCCGACAGAGUCUUGGUUACGUGGAGAGAGCGAGCGAGCGAGUGAGCGAGAAAGAGAGUGAGGGGUUCCAGCAGGAUUGAUUCCUGCUAUCACCCCUGAAUUUUUUUGGAAUUCGUGAAGUGAACUAGCGCAAUGGCGAUGCGACAUGACGAAGACGACGAGGAAGAGGAGCUGUUGCAGAGAGCUCUAGCGGAGCAGGCAGCGAGGGAGAGCUCCCAUCGCCCGGCCCCGCCCGCACAAUCUCCGGCCAGGUCGCCCAUGCGAGGUGGGCACGUUCCGUUUGUCAAGUCGCCCAUGCGGGCUGCGCAUGUCCCUGUUGUUAAAUCCACCAUGCCCAGCAAGCCAGCUCCGCCGGCUAAGGUGCCACCGAGUAGAGCACCGCCACCGCCCAGCAAGCCACCCCCGCAGGCGCACCAAUCCUCUGGACCUCCCAAGAGAGUGCCGCCGGGUCCUCAGCCUCCGAGUCGAGCGCCCCCUCAACCUCCCCCAGUUGAAGAAGACGACGAUGACGAAGAAGUUGAGAUGUUAAGCAUCUCCUCAGAAGAUGAAAGCCCGCAUGGGCGAGGGACAAGGCCUGCACUCACUAAGCCGAGAGCACAAGGUGGAGAAGAUGAGGAAUGGGACGAUGAUGACGAGCCUGCGACCUGGAAACCUGGUUACAAAGCUGAGCUGGAAAGGCGUGUGCGGGAGCUUCGAGAGACGAGAGGGGCAUCGGCUACCGUUCAGUUGCAGAGAGCAAGAACAGUAGUGGAUCCCGCGCUUUCUCGAGGCGAUGAGUUCAUCGACCCUUUGGGACUUGGCGUCAUAGAUGUGCAAACUUUGACACUCGUUCCUAAGAUUACAAGGAGUCAAGACAGCUCUCCUGGAGUAUCUGCAGCUUCUUCUGACAGAGGAAGCGGCAAGAAGGGAGGAUUUCUUCGCAGUCGGAAGUCCAAGGAAGCCCCAUCUGGCCCAGCCGCUGUUGCUGCUUCUCGAGAUGAUGAUCAUAUUUCUGUAUCUCAGGAUGAGGCUCCGGUGAUCAGAGAUCCAGUUCUCAGGGAAAAGCUUUUAUACUAUUCUGAGAAGUUCGACCCGAAGUUCUUUUUGUCGCAUGUGCAUCAGAACACUUCCGCUCUUCAUCUAGAACAAGCAGAGCAGGGACUGAAAGAGGAUCUGAAGCUACGUAACAACGAACUGAAGAAGCUCGUCAAGGAAAAUUUUGACUGCUUCAUUUCGUGCAAAAACACCAUUGACGACAUACACACGAAGUUGCAGCAGAUAGAAUCUAACACAGAGGGAGGAGGCACCACGCACCUCAGUCAUUCCAUCAAGCAGGUUGAGGAUGUUGCAAACCGUGCAUUUUCACCUCUUCUGGAGCGUCAGGCUCAGGUCGAACGUAUUCGAUCUGUGCAAGGGAUGCUGCAAAGGUUUAGAACUCUUUUCAAUCUGCCGAGCAGUAUCAGAACUUACAUCAGCAAGGGAGAGUAUGAGCAAGCCAUUCGCGAAUACAAGAAGGCCAAGAGCUUGGAUCUCUACUCUAAUGUGGGUAUUCUUAAGAGAGUACUAGAGGAAGUGGAUAAGAUCGUGGAAGAAUUCAAGCAAACCUUGUACAAGUCUAUGGAAGAUCCUCACAUUGAAGCUACCCAGUUGGAGACUACUAUCAGACUCUUGUUCGAGCUAGAGCCACAAUGUGAUCCAGUUUGGCAUUAUCUUACCGUACAGGAUCGGAAGAUACGUGGACUGUUGGAAGGGUGCAGUCUUGAGCAUGACGCCCGUAUGGAAGCCUUUAAUGGCCGAGUACGAGAUCGUGUUUUAUCAGACGCUCGUUGGAAGAAGCUUCAAGUUCAACAAAAUAAGGCGUCUGAUGUAGAUUUCUCCCUGUUGCUUGGAGACAAUGAAAAAGAGGGAAAAGAAGUGAGUUUUAUGGACACCUCAAGCAACGAGUCAGAUGCUUUAAUUGGGCGUUUUAUUAGAAGGCUCACUAUGGUCGUUGUGCACCAUGUGCCCCUCUUCUGGAAUCUCGCUCUUUCUGUAUUCACUGGAAAGUUUUUAGCGGGAGCAAGUGCAGUUGGGAGAAGCUUGUCAAGAAGUAGUGCUAACUCACUUCCUCGAGAAGGUGGAUCAGAGAGAGAACCAAAUACAUCACACACGUUGGAUGAGGUGGAGACGAUGGUCCACUGUAUCAUUUCUCUUUAUGAAUCGAAAGUGCAGACUGCGUUUCUGCAACUCGCAGAAGCGAAUGUGCUACGUCCAUACAUGCGGGACGCAGUUGCUGAAGUAUCAAAAGCAUGUGCUUCUCUUCAGUCAAAUGACGCUGCCCCAAGUAGCGCUGUGCAAAUGCUGCUGGCAUUGCGGACAGAGGUCACUCGGGUGUUUGUACUUCGCAUCUGCUCUCUCAUGCACAACGCAACCUCAGAGCUUGUGAUGGACGAAGAUUGGGAGCCUGUUGCCGCAGUUCAACGAAUCUCCUCUCCAUUUGCAAUUUCAAGCCUACCGCUUCGGUUUCAGGAGUUGAUGGUUUCGUCCUUGGAUCACCUUACUGAGAUGCUGGAACGGUUAAGCAAGGACGCAUCCCAGCUUCACGAGGAUAUGAUACAACAAUUGCAUCAGAUGCAAGACACUAUUCGUUAUACUUUCUUUGAAUGCUUCUUAGCUCUUGCUGGAAAUUUAGAGAAACUAGCAACUGAGUUGUCUUAUUCAACGACUUCAGACCAUGGGCCAGAGGAUCAGGAGAGACAAUCGUGGCAUGAUAGGUUCGUGGGGCUCGUAGCUGGAGUGGAGAUCACUAGCACCCAUCAACGCUUACUUAUGGUGCUCAGCAACGUUGGGUUCUGCCACUCCACUCUUCUUCCGGAGCAAACACGGAAAUACGAACAUGUUUGGAUUUAUGAAGGAUCAGAUUCCACUAUUAAAGGAGGAAAGAUGGCCACCUAUGACGAAGUAUCGAACACUCUAUCUGAAUUAGAAAAGAAGGUUCUCAAUCACUACAACGUUGCGAAGGCUAGAGAAAUUCAGAAAGCAGCAGAAGCAUUCCUGCUGUUUGAUGGCAGUCAAUGGGCUUCCACUCCUCCAGUGAAAGGUUUCAGAUACUCGUUGAUGGAGCUAAUGCAUCCCUUGGUCACCACUCAUGCGGAGGUGUUUGCAGGGGCAAAACCAUUUUUGGAGAAGGCCAUCAAAUCUCUCGUGGAAGCUCUAAUGGAUUCGCUAGUAGCCAUUUUUACUGAAAACAGGGCCAAUGCUUUUCAAAGGUUUGACAUCAAUGGUUACUGUCAGCUAAUGCUCGAGGUGGAGUAUCUUCAAACCGUUCUAGAAGGUUACCUGAGCACACAGGCCUACGAAUUGGCUGGAAACUUCCGUGCCGCACUUCUAGAAAAAGUCAUGGAAACUGUCGCUGAAAUGACGGACCAACAGAACCACGGCCGCGGUUCCCUUCGAGGGGGAAGCCAAGAUGGGUACGAUUACGGCGGAAUGACAGCCGAGGAUUUACAAGGCCUCGCACAGGAUCACAUCCAGAGCUACUUACCUGCAGAGCUCAAAAGGACUCGGUUGAACGUGCUCUGCUUCAUGGAAGCUCUAGAAGGCUACAACGCAGGGAAUCUAAACGGCGGUAGGCGGGGGUCCCAACCAUUUCACAAGCAACGGAACCCAUAUGGAGGAAACGCGUCUGGUCGACGAAGUGGAGGAUCCAGCCUGACGGAUUCCGAGUCAGGGAAGCCCACGGGGGGAUUGCCGCCGCCGAUUCCGCACUCGGGCGUGGACUCACCGAGAGCGGAUCGGUACAUGCGCUUGAGGCAUGAUCCCAGGCGGCCCUCCUUCCGGGGCAACGCCUAUGUAGAUAACGAUGACUUGAGAUAAUUUAGUGCGACGCCGUGCGCAAUUUUUUGACGCAGUGGGGUGGGGUGGGGGUCGGUGGGUGAUUGGGGCUCGGAAAGGCAAUAGCUGGCUGUGUGUGAUAUAGAUCCUAUGUAUGAUAUAGAGGAGAGCUCCUCGAGGCCGAGUCUGUAACGCUGGUUGAUAGAUAUCCUUGGUGAUAAUUUUAUGUCUCAGCGGUUCUGGGACUCAUUUGCUUGCGA